UCAGAACACACCUUUCUUGUUUCUGCUAUUUUGGCAGAUAAAAAGAGCAAAACGCAGAAAUUUCUUGUUUCUGCCAUUUUGACAGAUAAAAGAGCAAAACCCAAAUUUCCUUUCCUAAAAUCUCUUAGAUGAAACAGAGGACAGAGGAUAGUCAAAAAUACUCCAAUGGAAGAAUACUUUAAGCGCAUACCUUCAAAUGCUUCUCUGGUAGCAGCAUAUUCCUCCAUCUCAACUUCAUGGGUACUGUUCAAAACUGCAUAUGAUCAGGUCAUACCAAGGCAGCUUCAAGAUUUUGUACUCUCAAAAUUCAGGUACUAUUUUCUUCGAAACCCAUCAUCUACUGCAACUUUUAUAAUCGAACAGUUAUGGUCUUCAUUUGGCCGGAAUGAGCUUUACGAUGCAGCGAGAACCUAUUUAUCUACAAAAAUGGGACCGGAAAAUCAUGUAAUGAAAGUGGGUAAAUUAGAACAGCAAAAGAAUAUCUCUGCUGCUAUUCCUGAAGGAGAAAUAAUUGUUGAUACAUUUCAAGACAUAACUGUUACUUGGACGUGUCACAGUCCAAAAAAACCAGUUAAUGAAAGACAAGAUAAGAAAUACAAAAAUGGAGAAAAUAAAUCUAAAGAUAUAAUUAUUCCUGGCGGAAAUUCUUAUCAAAUUACUUUUGAUAAAAAAUACAAAGACAAGAUAAGAAAUGAAUAUUUAGUUCAUGUUCUGGAUACAUACAAGAAAUUAAUGAAAGGUGAAAAGGUUUUGAAGCUUUACAUUGGAAUUAAAAAUUAUGCUGGAAAAGAAUGGAGAGCCAUGAAUUUUCGUCACCCUGCCUCAUUUGAUACUCUUGCUAUGGAUCCUGAAUUGAAGAAAUCAAUUAUGGAUGAUCUGAAGAAAUCAAUUAUGGAUGAUCUUGAUAGGUUUUUAGAAAGAAAGGAGUUCUAUCAGAGGGUUGGUAAGGCUUGGAAAAGAGGAUAUUUACUUUAUGGUCCUCCCGGAACUGGAAAAUCAACACUAAUUGCAGCUAUGGCUAAUUAUUUGAAAUUUGACAUUUAUGAUCUGGAGCUUCCUAGUAUUCCUUCUGAUGCUGAGUUGAGAAAUGUGUUGUUAAAGACAACUAAUCGAUCUAUACUUGUAGUUGAAGACAUUGAUUGCAAUUCACAAGUGUAUGAUAGACAAAAAAUAGCUAAUCAUCAAGAACAAUUAAUGAAUCCGAAGAAGCACACUAAGGAAUUCAGCCUGUCAACUCUGCUAAAUUGCGUUGAUGGGUUGUGGUCGAGCUGCGGAGAGGCAAGAAUUAUAGUGUUUACUACUAAUCACAAAGAAGUAUUAGACCCUGCAUUGCUUCGUCCGGGGCGGAUGGAUUGCACAUUCAAUAUGCACAUUCACAUGUCUUAUUGCACCAGUAAAGGCUUCAGAGUCUUGGCUUUUAACUAUCUUGGCAUUCAUGAACACAAACUCUAUCAGGAAAUUGAUGCGUUGAUGGAGAGGACUAAUGUCACUCCUGCUUCUUUGGCUGAGGAACUAAUGAAGAGUGAUGAUCCUGAUGUUGCUCUUGGAGAAGUGCUCAAUUUCUUGAAGCAGAAGAAGAAAGAAUAAGAAAAGCAAAUUGGAGAGGAAAAUUAAAUUACUAAGUUACUAAUGUUUUAAGGUUAUUGUUGAACAUAUGUUUUAGGUUCUUUGCUUAUGAUGCUUCGUACUGUACUAUAUGUUGCCUCAUUUUUAAUUACAAUCACAACAUUAACUUUUUUUCAAUUGCAACUUCUUAUGGAUUA